AUGUCGAUGGACUCGGACAGCUCGUCGCACAGCGGCGCCGACUACAGGAGCUUCCGCCAGAUCACCCGAGACCGUUUGUUACUUGAGAUGCUGAGAUCGACGCGGAAGAGUUCAAAAUCAACGUGGAAGGUUCUAAUCAUGGACAAACUUACGGUCAAGAUAAUGUCAUUUUCAUGCAAGAUGGCAGAUAUCACAGAAGAAGGGGUUUCAUUGGUUGAAGACCUAUACAAACGGAGGCAGCCAUUGCCUUCAAUGGAUGCAAUUUAUUUCAUGCAGCCUACUAAAGAAAAUGUUCGCAUAUUCAUGUCCGACAUGUCAGGAAAAAAUUCAUUGUACAAGAAAGCUUAUAUUUUUUUCAGUUCUCCCGUACAGAGGGAAUUGGUAGCUCAUAUAAAAAAGGAUUCGACUGUACUAGCUCGCAUCAGUGCACUCAGUGAGAUGAACUUGGAAUACUUUGCUAUUGAUAGUCAGGGCUUCAUAACUGACCAUGACAAGGCCUUGGAGGAGUUGUUUAGUGAAGACGCAGAAGGCUCACACAAGUACAAUGCAUGCCUUAACACAAUGGCUACAAGAAUUGCUACAGUGUUUGCAUCAUUGAGGGAAUUUCCUCGUGUGCACUACCGUGUAGCCAGAACAAUCGAUGCAUCUACUCUGACGACACUACGAGAUUUGGUCCCAACAAAGCUUGCUGCUGCCGUGUGGAAUUCCCUUGCCAGAUAUAAGUCGACGAUACCUGAAUUUCCACAAACAGAAACAUGUGAACUACUUAUUGUUGACCGAUCAAUAGAUCAGAUUGCACCAAUUAUUCAUGAGUGGACAUACGAUGCUAUGUGCCAUGAUCUACUGUGUAUGGAUGGCAACAAGUAUGUGCAAGAGGUUCCAAGUAAGAAUGGUUCAGCAAAUGAGAAAAAGGAGGUUUUGUUGGAGGAUCAUGAUCCAGUAUGGCUUGAGCUGCGGCAUGCGCAUAUAGCUGAUGCUAAUGAAAGGCUGCAUGAAAAGAUGACCAGUUUUGUAUCAAAGAACAAAGCAGCUCAACUACAGCAGGCAAGAUCUGGUGGGGAGUUAUCUACCAAGCAGUUGCAGAAAAUGGUUCAAGCUCUUCCACAAUACAGUGAUCAAAUUGACAAGCUCACCCUUCAUGUUGAGAUUGCAGGAAAGCUUAAUAAUAUAAUCAAAGAACAAUACCUCAAAGAUGUUGGACAGCUAGAGCAAGAUCUUGUGUUUGGUGAUGCUGGGACAAAAGAACUAAUCAGUUUCUUACGAACCCGCAUGGAUGUAAGUCGUGAAAAUAAGCUGCGUUUGCUGAUGAUUUAUGCUUCCAUCAACCCAGAGAAGUUUUUCGAAAGUGAGAAAGGUGCAAAGCUGAUGCAGCUUGCAGGAUUAUCUGCUGAUGACAUGAUUGUAGUAAAUAAUAUGCGCUGCUUACGUGGACCUGAUACUAAAAAGUCUUCAGUUGGGGCCUUUACUUUGAAAUUUGAUCUUCAGAAGAAAAAGCCUGGUAUCAGAAAGGAGCGGAUUGGGGAAGAGUCAACAUGGAUGCUAUCUCGAUUUUAUCCCAUCCUGGAGGACUUGAUUGAGAAACUUAGCAAGGGUGAGCUACCAAAGGAUGAGUACCACUGCAUGAAUGAUCCUAGUCCUAGUUUCCGUGGAAUUCCAGGAAGCACAUCUGCUCGAACGAGCCCAGCUCAUCAGCCAGCCCAAUCCAUGAGAUCUAGACGAAUAGGUGGCACAUGGGCUAGACCUCGGAACUCUGAUGAUGGUUAUUCGAGUGACUCUGUACUGAAGCAUGCAUCAAGUGACUUCAGAAAGUUGGGCCAGCGCUUAUUUAUCUUUGUAAUUGGGGGUGCUACUCGGUCUGAGUUGCGUGUUGCCCACAAGCUGUCAGGCAAACUGAAGAGAGAAAUUAUCCUUGGCUCCUCUAGUCUCGAUGACCCACCGCAGUUCAUCACUAAAUUGAAGAUGUUAUCAACCGAGGAGCUGUCGCUGGAUGAUUUGCAAAUAUAA